AGUGGACGGAAGUGACGUAUUUUGUAUUUUUAACAGUAGUAAUCAACACAAAACUGGUAUCAACACAAUACAGUCAAUCAAAGAUUUUUUUUUCCAUUAAGAUGUCGGUAAUAUUAAUAUUGGGAAUAUGUUCUUAUGGAGUUUUAGGAGCUCCCCCUCCUAUGACGUACAAUCCUGCAAUAUACGAAAAUCUCAAUUUCCCGAAAUUCAAUCCAAACGCCAUAUCCUUCGUCAACUACAAUCCGAUGAAAGAACAAAAUCUGGAACCAUUCUCGAUCGGGAUCCAAGCCAUCACAACGAAGGCUCCAGAGUACAUCAAGGUCAAGGAUUUAGAUUACUCCGGUGGUGGUCGGAUGACCUUUGACAUGAAAAUGGUCACACCAACGCCACUUGACAUGAGCAACGUAAAAUUCGAUCCAAACAACGGAAAUUUUAUGAGAGAUUUUGAUCCGAAUACUUUUUCAAAGAAAGAGCAAAGCUUUCAACAAAACCAAGUUGUCCCGUUUCAAGAGAACCGGGUGACCGAGUCACCGAGAGGACACAGCUGGGACGGACGUUGGCCAGGUCAAAAUAAAAAAGUUGAAAACUACAAAGAGCAGACGACAGGGAGAGGAAGCGACUUUGGAUUCAGUAUGGACAGCAAGGGAGUUGGUGUAUCGGGCAAGUCCUGGGACGGAAGCUGGCCAGACGGAGAUGAAAAAGACUUCUCCGUUAAGGCGACCGACUCCUGGAACGCGGCCGUAGGGGGAGAUAAAAAGUGGAAUGAAGUUGUAGGCACAAAUAAAAACAAUCAAAAAUGGCAAGACAGCGUUAGUUCCGGGGACUUCUCCGAGAAGGCCACACAAUCCUGGAGUAAAGCUCUCAACGCUGACAGAAAGAACGACAAUUACCACGGUAACAAUGUCAAGUCAGGAGACAUAGACGAGAUUAUCCAGAGCCUCAUGGCUGCUCUUCAAAGGUUACAGUCAUAUUGACAAGUGUAUAUUCAACAAUGUUCUUUCAACGUCGGAUGGUUUACGCUUUCAAAUAAAGAGCAAACACAA